GACCAGCAUAAUAAACGGUGGAGAUAUGGUCUAUAUCUCCAUGCAGUUUUGGAUACCUUUUCUGGAUGUAUACUGUGGGUUCAAGUAUGGUGGAUGAAUUCAAAUCCACAAUUAAUCUUCCACUACUAUCUUGAUAUGGCCUGCAAGCAUCAAGGUAUUCCCCUGAUUACACAGAGUGAUCUGGGGAGUGAAAACAAUGCUAUUGCCAAUGGGCACACACUGCUGCAUCAAUGGCUUGAUCCUGGACUUGUUGGGGUACUGCAACAUCAAUGGAUGCGGGGUCAUGCAAAUAUCAAGCCCGAGAUCCUUUGGUCUAAGUUGCAACAUUUUCCCAAGUUUGUACAUAAUAUUGCAAUUGUGAUGGACAUCUCCAGCUUAACUUUCCAUCAUCUGGCGAUUCCCCUCACUCAGAUGAAUCUCAAUGAAUGGAUUUAUGUUCACAACACCUUCAGAUCAAGAAAAGAUAGAAAGAGGGUUUUACCCCAAGGAAGACUGGUGCACAUACUGAACAAUCCAAAUUGCUUUAUGGGGGCAUGUAACUUCAAGGUUGGUGUUGCCACAUCAGACUUGCAUUUUGUAGAAGACCUGUAUGCACCUAAGGACCAUCCUGUGUUUGAGCUUGUACCUUCCUGGUUUGAGGAGGAGUUCAAUGGCCAUUACCUUGUGUUGGGUUCCCCUCCCCUGACAAAGGCAUCUUUUUGGAUCAUGUAUCAUUCAUUGCUGCACUUGUUUCUGACCUCUCCCCAUCAAGAUGAGAUC